AUGGAGAUGGAAGAAGAGAAGGAUCUACCUCUGCUAUUGGGAACCCCUUUCCUUAGCACAGUUGGAGCCUCCAUUGAUUUUCACAAGCAAGAAGUGAUUCUACACAAGGUGAAUAGUUUGGUGUCUUAUCGCCUACAGCCUAGAGGAUCAGAGUAUUGUGGUGCCAUUGAAAGCAAUCCUCUGAGAUCCAAGAGUCCUGAUGUUGCUAAGGGAACAAGGAUUGAGAAACCACGCCUCGAGAGGCCACGUUCUGAUAGGCCACGAGCUGAUAGACUUGUUCAAGCUCCUUUUGUGCUUGAUGAAGAGAGCCUUCAAGCUUUGUUUGAUGAGCCACUAGUAAGGGCUCUAAAGGAAGGGGAGGAUGUAGCCUCUAAGGCAAGACCAUGUGAUAAGAGAAAGGAUCCACCAGUUCAGGCCCUUCAGUCAAGCCAUCUCAGCUCACUAUGA